AUGCGGAGCGCGUUGCGUCGGUGUAUUCUGCGCCAUCAAGGUUGCCUUCGAAUGAAGCAGUCCCUUUCCGCUUUUCCUACUGUUGUGACUGGUAUGACCCGCCAUCAAGGCAACUCUCUCAUUGGCACAACUCAUGGAGCGGAGUUAUCCCUGGCGGGUGAUCCACAGAGUGUAUCGCACCUCUCUGCUCGCAAUAUAGCAACAGAGGCCCUGCAAAUGAAAAAACUGCACCAGGAGCGCGGUGGAAAUCCCAUGUUAGCGCAGCAGGCACGCCGUGUGCUUUUCGCCACAUCGAUAGCGGGUCAAAACCUCGACGCUCGUUCAGUCGCUUUGUUGCUGAAUACUGCCGUUUACUUUGGUAUGGAGAGUGAUGCAAAGUUAGUGAGGGAGUGCAUCGACUACUGUUUGAAAAACGACAAACUUAUAACAGUGGACGUGCUGCCUAUCGUCGUUACCGCUUGUGCGACACUGAAGUCGCGUGACGCGCGUGAAGUUAUUGAAAUGCAAGCACAGAAAGCCGCUCGCAAUGCCAAAUUUCUUGAUGCUAAGGAUGUAACGAAUAUUAUAAGCGCCUUCUCGAAGACAGGUAUUAAUCACGAAAAACUCUUUGCUUUCCUAUCGCGGCGGGUGCAAACACUCGCCCGCGUAGGUGAGUUCGAGGCGGCACAUUUAGUUAUACUUGCCAACGCCUUCUCGCGGCUACGUUACCGAGAUAAAUUCCUUUUUGGUGCCAUCGCCCGCCGAGCGAUGUCGUUACGGGAACGUGUAACUGUAAAUGAGUUGGUGCCUCUCAUCGUGGCAUUCUCUAAAAUUGGGUUGAAGGAUCCGAAACUAAGCAAGAGGUUCGCCACCAAGGCCAUGGAGUACGUCGAUCAAAUGAAUGCCGAACAGGUUGCAAGCAUGUUCAUGGCUUUUGCUUACUUUGGCAUCCGUUACGAUCAGCUCUUUGGUGUUCUUACGAACCGCGCGGUGGAGCUUAUUGAUGAAUUUAACGCGCAGUACAUCAGUACAACCCUCAAUGCGUUCCAGCGCAUUGGCAUUAAUAACCCUGAGUUAUUUGACAACUUAGCAGAGCGUGCGCUUGCUGUAGUACAAGACCACGACGCGCGGGAUAUUUCCAAAACAGUUACCGCACUUGCACACUUUGGGCUGAAGGACGAAGAGCUAUUUAAGCGGCUUGCCUCUCACGCUGCCAGCAUUGCGGACCAGUUUGAUGCCAUGGGCCUUGUGAAUACCGCCCACGCCUUUGCCCGCACAAAUUUUCUUCAACAGGAUAUGGCUGUUGCGCUCUCAGAGCGCAGCGUGUACGUGUGCCGCUUACUGGAUGCAGGGGAGACGCGCCGACUCUUGUGGGCACUAGCUAAAUUUCAAGUACGCGAUCCAAAGAUAUUAACACCUGUGUUUAACCGCUGUCUCGCCCUGCACUACGACUUCUUUGCGGAUCCAACGGGUAGCGAAGAAAUUGAGGAGAUUUUCGACUUUUAUGGCCCUAACUUCUGUCCCCCGUUGUACCAGUUGUAUAUUUCCCGUGGGUCUACACCGCAAGCAUAA